UCAUCGCACAAAUUGGUGGUAAUCCAGCUCUUGGUCUGCUAUUCUCGCGAUUAUAAUUCUCAUAUUUCUUUUUCAAUUUCUUGUUAAUAUGAGUACGGACGCUCUCACUCCCGCCAACCAAGGCACGGGAAAAAUCAGACCAACCGCCCUCGAAAUCAUCCAUGAUCAGGGCCUUCUUGGAAAACUCGCGGGCAAAGUAAUAGUCAUCACUGGUGCGACUUCUGGAAUUGGCCUUGAGACUGCAAGGGCAUUGUCUGCCACCGGAGCCACCUUGUUCUUGACUGCCCGCGACUUGGAGAAGGCCAAGACUGCUCUUACUGGGAUUCUAGAACCAGGUCGCGUCUCGUUGGUCAAGAUGGACAAUACAUCUUUUGCCAGUAUAAGAGCGGCUGCGGCAAAUAUCCUGGCACUCUCAAAUGAAAAGGUCAACAUACUCAUCAACAACGCUGGGAUUAUGGGGAUUGAAGAGCUCAAGCUCACUGAGGAUGGCUAUGAGAUGCAUUUCGCUACAAAUCAUCUGAGCCAUUUUCUCCUAUUCCAGCUACUUAAAAAUGCGCUGUUACUGAGUUCGAGCCCGGAAUUUCAUUCUAGGGUUGUGGCCAUUUCAUCCUCGGCCCAUCGCGUGUGGAAUCUUAAUGAAAGCGACAAUUAUAAUUUCCAAAAUGGUGGAUAUAACCAUGGUGUGGCUUAUGCGAACUCAAAGCUUGCCAAUAUUUACAUGGCCAACGAGAUAGAUCGUCGCUAUGGCCAGCAGGGCCUUCACGCUACCAGCCUUCAUCCAGGUGGAGUAAACACAAACAUAUCCAGACACUUAGGCAGUGAAUUUGUGGCGCAGAUUAUGAGCGACGAGAAACUUGUUCAGAUGUUGAAAACACCCGAGCAAGGGGCCGCUACUAGCGUUCUUGCUGCUGUUGGAAAGGAAUGGGAGGAUAAGGGAGGUAAGUAUUUGGAGGAUUGUGAGGAGGCAAAACGUGGUGAAGACGAUAAUGAUGUUUUCGGCGCUGGUUAUGUUCGCCAGACUUAUGAUCCAGUAAAUGAAAAACGCCUUUGGAAAGACUCACUGAAAAUGGUGGGAAUUGCGGAGGAAAAGAAUGAUAUAUAGUUCAAUUUUUUUUUGCUACAUUCACAUGCAUUUGGCAUUACACAUGUAUAUUUAAUCUGCAAUGUGCU